UUCUACCUGCGAUGUGGGGCAACGUGGAAAGCUUGGGAACGUGUUAGCUGAAGAAAACUCAGCAAAAUUCCGUCUUUUGUCGUUUUCAGAAACAACUACGCGGCUUUUACGUGUCCCCUUGGAAGAUCAUGGAGUACAUGCAAGGACCAGCAACAUGCAGUCAGGGGAACAUCCUGUGCUGUACUUGUGGGAUCCCGAUACCCCCUAACCCAGCCAACAUGUGCGUCUCCUGCCUGCGGACACAGGUUGACAUCUCAGACGGCAUUCCCAAGCAGGUCUCAGUGCACUUCUGCAAGCAGUGUGAAAGGUAUCUGCAGCCCCCUAGCACCUGGGUACAGUGUGCCCUGGAGUCAAGGGAACUGCUUGCCCUCUGCCUUAAGAAACUGAAGGGAUCCAUGUCCAAGGUUCGCUUGAUAGACGCAGGCUUCCUGUGGACCGAACCUCAUUCCAAGAGGAUCAAGAUGAAGCUCACGAUCCAGAAAGAGGUCAUGAAUGGCGCCAUUCUCCAGCAGGUGUUUGUGGUAGAGUUUGUUAUCCAGUCACAGAUGUGUGAUGACUGCCACCGAGUGGAAGCCAAGGACUACUGGAAAGCAGUUGUGCAAGUGCGACAGAAGACUGUUCAUAAGAAGACCUUUUACUACUUGGAGCAACUGAUUUUGAAGCACAAGGUACAUCAGAACACACUUCGCAUCAAAGAAAUCCAUGAGGGUAUUGAUUUCUACUAUGGCUCAAAGCAGCAUGCUCAGAAGAUGGUGGAUUUCUUACAGUGCACAGUCCCCUGCAGGUCGAAAGCUUCCCAGCGUCUUAUCUCUCAUGACAUCCACUCCAACACCUACAACUACAAAAGCACCUUCUCAGUCGAGAUCGUGCCAGUCUGCAAGGACAACGUGGUGUGCCUGUCCCCACGCCUGGCUCAGAGCCUGGGGAAUAUGGGCCAGGUGUGUGUCUGUGUCAGAGUCACCAGCACCAUCCACCUCAUCGACCCCAACACCCUGCAGAUUGCCGAGGUGGAUGGCAACACGUACUGGCGCCACCCCUUCAACAGCCUGUGUAACCCCCGGCAACUGGAGGAGUUCAUUGUCAUGGACAUCGACAUCAUCCGAGAUCAGAAGCAGAAGGGGGGAGCAGGCCUCAGGUCAAACAAGCACACCCUUGCAGAGGUGUGGGUACAGAAGACAUCUGAGAUGGACGUGGGCCGGCAGUACCACUGCCGUACCUUCCUGGGACACCUGCUGAACAUCGGAGACCUGGUGCUGGGCUUUGACUUCGCCAAUGCCAACAUCAAUGAUGAGUUUCUCAAUAAGAUGAACCCUCACCAUGUUCCUGAUGUGGUGCUGAUCAAGAAGAGCUACGACCGCAACAGGAGAGUGAAGCGCCGAAACUGGAAGCUGAAGGAAAUGGAUAAGGACCGAGAGGGAAUGGACACUGAUGAUGAGAGACAAUAUCAGGACUUCCUGGAAGAUCUGGAGGAGGACGAAUCCCUCAGGAAGAACAUCAACAUCUUCAGAGACGCUUCGAAGAUCCCUGUGGAGAGUGACACGGACGAUGACGGCGCCCCCCGGAUCUCCCUGAUGGAGAUGCUGGAGGACCUGAGCCUGAACGACGCCACAGGCGGCGAGGGAGCCGACAUGAUGACCGAUUAGAUCCGCGGGCUGUCGUUAUCGCCUGCCGAGUGGGUUAUCCGUGAGAGGGCGAGACACUAACGAAGGUGUGUGGGUGGAGGUGAUGCCAUCUGAAGAGGCUGGAACAUGGUCUAAAUGUAAAGUGAUGAAUGGCAGCACCUCUCCAUCCUGCUUUCUUAAUGGCCGUGGUUUGGUGUAGUUCAGACUGCAUCAGAGUGUUUGUCUAAUGCAGAUGCCCCUUAUACUGUAUGUGUGCUAAUACAGGACUGAAAUGUGUAUAACCCACAAUUACUAUGGAUGAGUGAUUAAAUAAGAAUGAGUAUCACUGAGCUCUUUGCUUUGGUUGUUGUUUCUGAUUUACCUCCACUGUAAUAUUACAUUACAUUCAUUUCA